AUGGACAAACCUGCAAAAAAGGAUCCGUUGGAAGAUAUGAAACCGCGCCCAAAGCCUGUUGAGCCUUCUGACAAACGGAAGCGCUUUUAUAUAGUGAAACUGAACCAGGUUAUGGUGGAGCAUUUUGCAAACCGCAAAGACCUGAGGGACGCUGUGGGUUUCAACGCAUACGGCGAGAUAGAGUCUCUUCGUCUUGAAGAUACAGAAGAGAUUCGGACCUACCAACUCUUUAAACGCCCAUCACACAACAAAUAUUAUUACCUUAAACAGACCAACCAAUCUUUCCGUGUUUUGGGGAACACUGACGCGUACUUUCAACCCAUGCAACAAACAUGUGUGAGUAAAGUUAAAAAGCCGAAGCUUGUACUUACCGACGAAGUUGACGACGACCAACCGCUCAAGAGAAUGCCAUUGAAAUCGCGCGACAAAGGAAAAGUCGACAAACGAGUGCGUAUGGACGAGAAUCAGUUGAAGAACAAAAUCUUCGAAAUGUUUUCGAAAAAGGAGGCGAUGACAUUUCAGGAGAUCAACACGGAGCUUGACCAACCCGACCAAUACCUCAAAACACAACUUGACAAGCUUUGUGACUUGGUUGCAUCCCCGCCUCUUGGGAUUAAAGAAUAUCGACUUAAAGCCGACUUUAAGUGA